GGUGGGUGCCUCCGCGCGCAGAUGCGAAUUUUUUUUUCUCGGUGCCGGAAGUCCGGGGCACGUGACCGGGUGACAGCGCUCGCUUGGCUGCAGAGCUGGUUUUAGGUGCUGCGGCACGGGAUGGCGGAGGCGCCUCCAGUCUCAGGUACUUUUAAAUUCAAUACAGAUGCUGCUGAGUUCAUUCCUCAGGAGAGAAAAAAUUCUGGUCUAAGUUAUGGGACUCAAAGACGACUAGACUCUAAUAGGAUUGGCAGAAGAAAUCAUAGUUCAUCACCUCCCUGUCAUCUCUCCAGGCAAGUCCCUUAUGAUGACAUCUCUGCUGUUCAUCAGCACAAUUAUCCUUCUGGAAGCAAACCUAAGAGUCAGCAGGUGUUUUUCCAUUCUUCUUUAAAUAAAUCACUCAAGAAUCAUGGUCUUCAGAAUCAACCUUGGCAAAAAUCGAGGAAUGAAAAGCACCAUAUGAAAGUCAAGAAAGCACAGGGGCUUGCUGAUCAGUACUCAGACACAGCUAGCUUAGAAAGUGUGGCCAGAUCUGAGAGUGGGACAAACCCCAGAGAGCAUAGCCCCUCUGAAAAUGAAAAGGAAGUUGUCAGCGCAGAUCCCAGGGGAGCAAAGCCCAAAAAAGCAGCACAAUUUGUGUACGGCUAUGGUAGAGGACCAAAAGUCAAGGGGAAACUCAAAUGUGAGUGGGGUCAUAGAGUGACUCCAAAACCUGAGGAUGCUGGACCUGAAAAUACAAAACCUGUGGGAGUUUCUCAUUCUGACUCUUCAGAUAUAUCCAGUAGAAAGGGAGUAUUGGAUGGGUAUGGGGCCAAACGAAAUGAGCAGAGAAGAUACCCCCAGAAGAGGCCUCCUUGGGAAGUAGAGGGGGCCAGGCCAAGACCAGGCAGGAAUCCACCAAAACAGGAGGGUCAACGACAUACAAAUGCAGGAUCCAAACACAUGACUCCCAUUCCAAAGGAUAAUCUUAAUGAAAGACCAACACAAUCUGCCUGUGACAGUGGGAAUUUGGCAGUCAUCAAUAAGUCUUCCAGAAGGGUUGACCAAGAGAAAAAUGUUAUAAAGAGACAAGAUCCUAAAGUGGUAUCUCCUUUUCCUCGGGGCAAACAGAACCUUGUGCUCAAGAAUGUGGAAACACAUACAGGUUCUCUAGUCGAACAACUAACCGCAGAAAAAUAUGAGUGCAUGGUGUGCUGCGAAUUGGUUCGAGUCACAGCCCCAGUGUGGAGUUGUCAGAGCUGUUAUCAUGUGUUUCAUCUGAAUUGCAUAAAGAAAUGGGCAAGAUCUCCAGCGUCUCAAGCAGAUGGCCAGAGUGGUUGGCGGUGCCCUGCCUGUCAGAAUGUUUCUGCACAUGUCCCUAAUAUCUACACUUGUUUCUGUGGCAAGGUAAAGAAUCCUGAAUGGAGCAGAAAUGAAAUUCCGCAUAGUUGUGGUGAGGUUUGUAGAAAGAAGCAGCCUGGCCAGGAUUGCCCACAUUCCUGUAACCUUCUCUGCCAUCCUGGACCAUGCCCACCCUGCCCUGCAUUUAUGACUAAGACAUGUGAAUGUGGACGGACCAGGCAUACAGUUCGAUGUGGCCAGGCUGUCUCAGUCCACUGUUCUAACCCAUGUGAGAAUAUUUUGAACUGUGGUCAACACCACUGUGCAGAGCUGUGCCAUGCAGGUCAAUGUCAGCCUUGCCGGAUCAUAUUGAACCAGGUAUGCUACUGUGGCAGCACCUCCCGAGAUGUAUUAUGUGGAACAGACAUAGGAAAAUCUGAUGGAUUUGGAGACUUUGGCUGUUUAAAGAUAUGUGGCAAGGACUUGAAAUGUGGGAGUCAUACCUGUUCUCAAGUGUGUCACCCUCAGCCCUGUCAGCCUUGCCCACGGCUUCCCCAUCUGGUGCGUUGCUGCCCUUGUGGCCAGACUCCUCUCAGCCAGUUGCUAGAACUUGGAAGCAGUGGUCGGAAAACGUGCAUGGAUCCUGUUCCUUCAUGUGGAAAAGUGUGUGGCAAGCCUCUACCUUGUGGUUCCUCAGAUUUCAUUCAUACCUGUGAAAAGCUCUGCCAUGAAGGAGACUGUGGACCAUGCUCUCGCACAUCGGUUAUUUCCUGCAGAUGCUCUUUCAGAACAAAGGAGCUUCCAUGUACCAGUCUCAAAAGUGAAGCAGAUGCUACAUUUAUGUGUGACAAGCGGUGUAACAAGAAGCGGUUAUGUGGACGGCAUAAAUGUAACGAGAUAUGCUGUGUGGAUAAAGAGCACAAGUGUCCUUUGAUUUGUGGGAGGAAACUCCGUUGUGGCCUUCAUAGGUGUGAAGAACCUUGUCAUCGAGGGAACUGCCAGACAUGUUGGCAAGCCAGUUUUGAUGAGUUAACUUGCCACUGUGGUGCAUCAGUUAUCUAUCCUCCAGUUCCCUGUGGAACUAGGCCCCCUGAGUGUACCCAGACCUGUGCCAGAAUUCAUGAAUGUGACCAUCCAGUGUAUCACUCUUGUCAUAGUGAGGAAAAGUGUCCCCCUUGUACUUUCCUGACUCAGAAGUGGUGCAUGGGCAAACAUGAGUUACGAAGCAAUAUCCCUUGUCACCUGGUUGAUAUCUCUUGUGGAUUACCCUGCAACGCCACACUACCAUGUGGGAUGCACAAGUGUCAGAGACUUUGUCACAAAGGAGAAUGUCUUGUGGAUGAGACCUGUAAGCAAUCCUGCACCACCCCCAGAGCUAACUGUGGCCACCCAUGUAUGGCAUCCUGCCACCCCAGCUUACCCUGCCCUGUGACCGCUUGUAAAUCCAAGGUAGAGCUACAGUGUGAAUGUGGACGAAGAAAAGAGAUGAUGAUUUGCUCUGAAGCAUCAAGUACUUAUCAAAGAAUAGCUGCUAUCUCUAUGGCCUCUAAAAUAACAGACAUGCAGCUUGGAGAUUCAGUGGAGAUCAGCAAGUUAAUUACCAAGAAGGAAGUGCAACAGGCCAGGCUAGAAUGCGAUGAGGAAUGCUCGGCCUUGGAAAGGAAAAAGAGAUUGGCAGAGGCAUUUGAUAUCAGUGAUGAUUCUGAUCCUUUCAAUGUACGAUCUUCAGGCUCAAAAUUUAGUGAUAGUUUGAAAGAUGAUGCCAGGAAGGACUUAAAGUUUGUCAGUGACGUUGAGAAGGAAAUGGAAACCCUUGUGGAGGCUGUGAAUAAGGGAAAGAACAGUAAGAAAAGCCACUGCUUCCCUCCCAUGAACAGAGAUCACCGCCGGAUCAUCCAUGACCUGGCCCAAGUUUAUGGCCUGGAGAGUGUGAGCUAUGACAGUGAACCAAAGCGCAACGUCGUGGUCACUGCCAUCAGAGGGAAGUCUAUUUGUCCUCCCACCACGCUGACAGGUUUGGUUGAAAGGGAGAUGCAGACACGGCCUCCACCACCAAUUCCUCAUCACAGACAUCAGGCAGACAAGAAUUCUGGGAGCAGUAAUUUACAGAAGAUAGUCAAGGAGCCAGUAAUUGACUACUUUGAUGUCCAGGACUAAGAAGAGGAAGAUGCACUUAGACAAUGAUUAGGUGUAAUAGAUAGAGACUCAAUUAUCAGCAGAUUAAUCAUACUUGUUUCUCACUGCCUGGCAGAAUCACAGUCUUACAUGCUGUCUUAUACUGAUACAUCCAAAGCAUGAAUGUGUCAGAAACCCCCUUGUCCAUUCUUGUCUGUAUAAAGUGUUCCUCUCUGGCCAGAUCUCUGAUUGUAUGGUCACUAGGUUUUAGUCAUAUAUUUUAAGAGGCUCCUCACACCAUCACUGUGAUUGCAUUGAGGAUUG